UCUCCGUUUUCUCUCAAUUUGCUCUGAAAAUCUCAAUGUAAAACCUGUUUUACAAUUUCACCAGUAGCAAUAAAUGAUAAAUCUACUACUACCCUGUUUUUGUUACCGCAUUUUCUUGCUUUCUACCCUCCUGGGUCUAUAAAAGCGUUCCCCUUACCAGCUCCAAAGGAGGGAUUUUUGUCUCCUUCAGUCACUCAUCUUGCUCAUCCAUGGCGGUUCUGCUAAGAUCUCUGCUUUUCUUUACGCUUUUCACUCUCUUUCUCUCCCACAUUGCAGUGAACGUAUCAGCAUCGACAAUCACACUUUACAACAAAUGUCCACACCCAGUUUGGCCAGGAAUCCAAGCCAGUGCGGGCAAACCCCUGUUAGCCAAAGGGGGAUUCAAGCUCCCACCCAACAGAGCUUACUCCCUCCAGCUUCCCCCCCUCUGGUCCGGCCGCUUCUGGGGCCGUCACGGCUGCUCCUUCGACGCUUCCGGCAAAGGCAAAUGCUCCACUGGUGACUGCGGCGGAUCCCUCUUCUGCAACGGUCUCGGCGGCGCACCUCCGGCCACUCUCGCCGAAAUCACUCUCGGCCAAGAACAAGACUUCUACGACGUCAGCCUCGUCGACGGAUACAACCUUGCCAUGUCCAUCACCCCAUUCAAAGGCUCCGGCAAGUGCAUGUACGCAGGGUGCGUCAGCGACCUGAACUUGAUGUGUCCGGCUGGGUUGCAGGUCCGGUCGCAGGAUAACAAGCGGGUGGUGGCCUGUAAAAGCGCCUGUUCUGCUUUUAACUCGCCUAGAUAUUGCUGUACCGGGAGUUUUGGUAGCCCGCAGUCUUGCAAGCCGACUGCUUAUUCAAGAAUCUUCAAGACUGCUUGCCCUAGAGCUUAUUCUUACGCUUAUGAUGAUCCAACCAGCAUUGCGACUUGCACGCGCGCCAACUACUUAGUCACCUUCUGCCCUCAUCGCCGCCAUUGAUAAAAGCUUUUUCAUCUGGUUAUCAUCCUUAUUAUUCUUGUUUUAUCUCUAGACAUCUUUGUUAUCUUCUCUCUGGACUGAUACUAGUAGAGUUGAAGUUAUUAUAAUAUACUUAUUUGAUUAGUACUGGACUUGAAUUAUUAAUGAAUACUAAUAUAUACUAGAAGGAAAAGUUAGAUCGUGUCAUACUGGUUUGUGUUUUAGUUGUUUUAGGGUAUUGCUGUAGUUCUUGAUGGGAUUGGUAAUGGUUGCUGUGAAGGAAAAUGGGGUCGAAAUGAGAAUGAACUGGAAAGUGGUGAAUCA